AUGACAGACAUGAGAGGCUUUCUGUCUCGGGCAUCCGCUGCCCUCAGUCAGCGAAACAUUGUGCGCUUCCGUCUCGGCCCCAUGAAGAUUUACCUCGUGAAGGGGGCAAAAAACGUCCAGACCAUGUUCAAAACCCCGGCUAGCGUCAGCGCCGACAAGUUUCUCCUCAUCGUCAUGGAAGGGCUAAUGGCCGCAGACAGAAACGACCUAGCCAAGUUCGCCAAAGACAAGUCGGGCCGGCUCAAAACAAACGCGACAGAUCCCGCGAAUACACAAACCGGAGACGAAAGCGCGAGCAAGGCGCAGGCAGACCGGUACUGGUACCGUUGGCACCGCAUCCUCCACGAUCAUCUCGUCCAGACGCAGGCGACCAACCUGCUGGCAGCGUCGUACCAGAAACAUUUCUCCGAAUUUCUAGACGACAAUGCGCGUUUUCCUGUCGAGCAGUGGACAGCCAUGAGGCUCCUAGAGUUCACCAAGAAGGACGUGGCCGAGGCGGCCAUAUAUUCACUCUUCGGACCCCGCAUUCUGGAGCUGAACCCCGACUUGCUCCCGCUGCUGUGGGACUUUGACGAAGUUGCGGGCUGUCUGGCCUGGGGCCUCCCUCGAUGGAUGAAUCGUAAAGCCUACCGCCGGCGUAGCCGUUUCCACGCUACGAGCGCUCGCUUCCUGGAUUCCGCGUGGGCCGGCUUCGACUGGAGCGGCCCCGACUCCGAUGCCGACUGGGAGCCGCACUUCGGGUCGCGCAUGAUCCGUGAAGUGGCCAAGUUUUUGGCAGAGGCGGGAUUCUCCCCUGGAUUCCGCGCAGGCUUCGUAGCCACACUCGUAUAUGGCCAAAACGGAAACACUGUGCCCAUCGUUACCUGGUGUAUCAUGGAACUCGUCAAAGACCCAGAGCUGUUUCGCGCGGUGCGUGCCGAAGUACUUACGGCCAUCGUGAUGGAUCCCGAGACACAAAAGCGCGCCGUGGAUUUGCAGGCGCUGCUGCCACUGCCGGUCCUCCAAUCGGUCUACACGGAGGCCUUGCGCAUGCACGUCUCGAUCAACGUCACGAGAGAGAUAAUGGAGCCGAUUGUCCUCGAGGGCCAUAGGCUGGAGAGGGGCGCAAUUCUUCAGGCACCGUCCGAGAUUAUCCAAUACGACGAGAAGAUCUGGUCUGCAGGAGACAGCCACCCUGCAAGCGAGUUUUGGGCAGGACGCCACCUUAAACACGUCAAGUCGACGGACGAAGCUGGGAAUGUAGUUCAAGUCCCACAGUUCGACUUAGCUGGGCGAGUCAAUGACUUCAUUGCCUAUGGCGGCGGUGUUGCCAUGUGUCCAGGACGUUUUUUUGCCAAGAGGGAGAUUAUGAUAACCAUCACCAUGCUUGUGUCGAGGUUUGAUAUGGAGUUUGUUGGCUGGACAACCCUUGACGGAGGACCAUCGGACCGCCCUGCCCGAAACGACGACCGGUGGGCUGGGGGAGCCGCGGUACCACCAGACCGUGACAUGAAAGUGCGGGUGAAGAAGCUGUGGUGA